AAGAGUUGAUUAAAAGCACAAACACUAAAUGAAUUCAUUUUCAGUCGGUCGGGUAUUUUUUUUAAAGAAAUUUCAAUUACUUACUACUUUAAAUAAUGUCUUUUAAUAUUGAAAAUGAAUUAUUUUUAUAAUAUUUUUAAUUAUUUUAAUUUUUUUAAAACUAAAAUGACUGAUAAAAGUGAUAGAAAAGGCAUAAACAGGCGCAGCAGGCCUUCAACAACCAUCAAUCACGAAAUUUCAAACUCACAAAGUGACGAUGACGUGAUUUACCUAUACAGAGUACUAAACGAUCCGGGCGAGGUUGUAGAGGUCAUAGAUAUCAGCCACGAAAAUAGCGAUAAUGAGCACACAAAUGGAGGCUUUGAGCGUAAUUGGCGGCCUUCUGCUUCAUCAAGGAUCCCCCGAAAAAUCAGCCGAGAUCAAGGAUCAACCGAGAAGUUGACAUCCUCUGUCGCACCUCCAAAUAGGGCACAACUUAAAAGAAAGCGUGUUCCUGACGUUCCCCAAUGUGUUAGAUGUCUGCACUUCUAUGAAGAAGCUAAGAAAAAAGGAGGUUUGCACUGCGCAAGAUGUGGUCACCUCUAUUGCUUAGAUUGCUACAAGAUCUUGAAGGUUAAGCAAUGCAUUUUGUGUCAUAAGUAUAUGUCAACAAUGCUGAAGAUUUUCGUUUGAAAUUUUAAAAGCAAUGAUUAAAGAUUUUAAAUUUUUAUAUUUCAAUGCACGAUUUAGAACUAAAGUUCAGUUUAAAUAAAUUAACUUAAUAAAAUAUCUUUUAAAGAUUUCA